AUGUCAUACUACGAUGUUGACGCCAUCCUCACAGACGCAGAGAAAGUCCCCUGCCAAUUCGAGCUCGACGUCCCCUACCUAGGCCACCUCGACAACUCCUCCGGCCUCAAGCCCGGCACCCAGCUCUCCCUGCCGCUCUGGCUCGCCGAAAUGCUGGCCCUCGCCUCCGCCGGCGAAGACACAAAGGCCCCUCUCACGCUGAACCUACCACCCUGCCUGUCCGACCAGGUCAUCAACGCGCUGAAGGCGGACCCGCGCGCCGUCGCGCUGCGUGACCAGAGCGCGCACUUCUACGGGAUAGGCGUCCGGAUGCUGGACCUGUUUGACGAGAGGGAGCUGGGCGCCGUUCUGAGGAGAACGUUUGUCGUGAGGGCGGGUGAUGUCGGUUUGCAUGCGAGGAAGGCGGAGGAGGGUGUUGGGGGCCAGGGCGAGGAGUUUCUGAGGGGUCUGGAGGAGUGGGAGAGGAGUCUGUUUAGGAGGGGCCAUGAGGGUGUGAGGGGGGCGAAGGAGUGGACGGAGAGGGUGAAGAGGUUGUGA